UCAUAUGUUGCUCUGUCUGUGUUACUGGUCAUAUGUUGCUAUGUCUGUGUUACUGGUCAUAUGUUGCUCUGUCUGUGUUACUGGUCAUAUGUUGCACUGUCUGUGCUUAUUAUCUGUCUGUAUUGUUAUUGGAUUUGUUUUUCCCAGGGGCUCUGGUCGAAAAUGAUCCAGCUGGCUAAAACCAUCACCUUUACAGAAAUGUUGAUAAAUGUGUACUGUUCCUGUAAAAAAAUAAAACUUAAGAAUAAUAAUUAAAAGGACUGGGUAAUGUAUAGAAUAUCAAGGUUCAGAGUGUAUAACUGGGUAAUGUACAUGUUGAGGUCCAGAGUGUAUAACUGGGUAAUGUACAUGUUGAGGUCCAGAGUGUAUAACUGGGUAAUGUACAUGUUGAGGCCCAGAGUGUAUAACUGGGUAAUGUAUAGAAUAUCAAGGUCCAGAGUGUAUAACUGGGUAAUGUACAUGUUGAGGCCCAGAGUGUAUAACUGGGUAAUGUACAUGUUGAGGUCCAGAGUGUAUAACUGGGUAAUGUACAUGUUGAGGCCCAGAGUGUAUAACUGGGUAAUGUAUAGAAUAUCAAGGUCCAGAGUGUAUAACUGGGUAAUGUACAUGUUGAGGUCCAGAGUGUAUAACUGGGUAAUGUACAUGUUGAGGCCCAGAGUGUAUAACUGGGUAAUGUACAUGUUGAGGCCCAGAGUGUAUAACUGGGUAAUGUACAUGUUGAGGUCCAGAGUGUAUAAGUGGGUAAUGUACAUGUUGAGGUCCAGAGUGUAUAACUGGGUAAUGUACAUGUUGAGGCCCAGAGUGUAUAACUGGGUAAUGUACAUGUUGAGGUCCAGAGUGUAUAACUGGGUAAUGUACAUGUUGAGGCCCAGAGUGUAUAACUGGGUAAUGUAUAGAAUAUCAAGGUCCAGAGUGUAUAACUGGGUAAUGUACAUGUUGAGGUCCAGAGUGUAUAACUGGGUAAUGUACAUGUUGAGGCCCAGAGUGUAUAACUGGGUAAUGUACAUGUUGAGGUCCAGAGUGUAUAAUGGGUAAUGUACAUGUUGAGGUCCAGAGUGUAUAACUGGGUAAUGUACAUGUUGAGGCCCAGAGUGUAUAACUGGGUAAUGUACAUGUUGAGGUCCAGAGUGUAUAAGUGGGUAAUGUAUAGAAUAUCAAGGUUCAGAGUGUAUAACUGGGUAAUGUACAUGUUGAGGUCCAGAGUGUAUAAGUGGGUAAUGUAUAGAAUAUCAAGGUUCAGAGUGUAUAACUGGGUAAUGUAUAGAAUAUCAAGGUCCAGAGUGUAUAACUGGGUAAUGUACAUGUUGAGGCCCAGAGUGUAUAACUGGGUAAUGUACAUGUUGAGGCCCAGAGUGUAUAACUGGGUAAUGUACAUGUUGAGGUCCAGAGUGUAUAACUGGGUAAUGUACAUGUUGAGGCCCAGAGUGUAUAACUGGGUAAUGUACAUGUUGAGGUCCAGAGUGUAUAACUGGGUAAUGUACAUGUUGAGGCCCAGAGUGUAUAACUGGGUAAUGUACAUGUUGAGGCCCAGAGUGUAUAACUGGGUAAUGUAUAGAAUAUCAAGGUCCAGAGUGUAUAACUGGGUAAUGUACAUGUUGAGGUCCAGAGUGUAUAACUGGGUAAUGUACAUGUUGAGGCCCAGAGUGUAUAACUGGGUAAUGUACAUGUUGAGGUCCAGAGUGUAUAACUGGGUAAUGUACAUGUUGAGGCCCAGAGUGUAUAACUGGGUAAUGUACAUGUUGAGGUCCAGAGUGUAUAAGUGGGUAAUGUAUAGAAUAUCAAGGUUCAGAGUGUAUAACUGGGUAAUGUACAUGUUGAGGUCCAGAGUGUAUAAGUGGGUAAUGUAUAGAAUAUCAAGGUUCAGAGUGUAUAACUGGGUAAUGUAUAGAAUAUCAAGGUCCAGAGUGUAUAACUGGGUAAUGUACAUAUUGAGGCCCAGAGUGUAUAACUGGGUAAUGUACAUGUUGAGGCCCAGAGUGUAUAACUGGGUAAUGUACAUGUUGAGGUCCAGAGUGUAUAACUGGGUAAUGUACAUGUUGAGGCCCAGAGUGUAUAACUGGGUAAUGUACAUGUUGAGGUCCAGAGUGUAUAACUGGGUAAUGUACAUGUUGAGGCCCAGAGUGUAUAACUGGGUAAUGUACAUGUUGAGGUCCAGAGUGUAUAACUGGGUAAUGUAUAGAAUAUCAAGGUUCAGAGUGUAUAACUGGGUAAUGUAUAGAAUAUCAAGGUCCAGAGUGUAUAACUGGGUAAUGUACAUGUUGAGGCCCAGAGUGUAUAACUGGGUAAUGUAUAGAAUAUCAAGGUUCAGAGUGUAUAACUGGGUAAUGUACAUGUUGAGGCCCAGAGUGUAUAACUGGGUAAUGUAUAGAAUAUCAAGGUUCAGAGUGUAUAACUGGGUAAUGUACAUGUUGAGGUCCAGAGUGUAUAACUGGGUAAUGUACAUGUUGAGGCCCAGAGUGUAUAACUGGGUAAUGUAUAGAAUAUCAAGGCCCAGAGUGUAUAACUGGGUAAUGUACAUGUUGAGGUCCAGAGUGUAUAACUGGGUAAUGUACAUGUUGAGGCCCAGAGUGUAUAACUGGGUAAUGUACAUGUUGAGGUCCAGAGUGUAUAACUGGGUAAUGUACAUGUUGAGGCCCAGAGUGUAUAACUGGGUAAUGUAUAGAAUAUCAAGGUCCAGAGUGUAUAACUGGGUAAUGUACAUGUUGAGGUCCAGAGUGUAUAACUGGGUAAUGUACAUGUUGAGGCCCAGAGUGUAUAACUGGGUAAUGUAUAGAAUAUCAAGGUCCAGAGUGUAUAACUGGGUAAUGUACAUGUUGAGGUCCAGAGUGUAUAACUGGGUAAUGUAUAGAAUAUCAAGGUCCAGAGUGUAUAACUGGGUAAUGUACAUGUUGAGGUCCAGAGUGUAUAACUGGGUAAUGUACAUGUUGAGGCCCAGAGUGUAUAACUGGGUAAUGUACAUGUUGAGGUCCAGAGUGUAUAACUGGGUAAUGUACAUGUUGAGGUGUUAGCAUCUGUCACAUUUCACAGGUGUUAGCAUCUGUCACAUUUCACAGGUGUUAGCAUCUGUCACAUUUCACAGGUGUUAGCAUCUUUCACAUUUCACAGGUGUUAGCAUCUGUCACAUUUCACAAGAGGGGGAGACAUUUGGUCCAUAUUCUUGCCUGUAACUUGGAAAGAGAGGGUGGAGCUCUUCGUUCCAGUUCAUUCUAUCUCUUCUCUUAAAGCCACAUGCAGUUGUUGAAAGUGUAUUUUUAAAUCAUCAUCAUUGUACGGCUAAUAAAUCACUGUUUAUUUCAU